CAUUUCCUCCUCGGAGCCGGACGGGGAGGGAGACAAAGCGGCGGCCGUCGGCUGGCUUGGCGCCUCAGCAGUGGUCCCGCGCUCGAGCGGCUCGUCGCAGAAAUGACUGCUGUCCACACAGGCAACAUAAACUUCAAAUGGGAUCCCAAAAGUCUAGAGAUCAGGACUCUGGCAGUUGAAAGACUGUUGGAACCUCUUGUUACACAGGUUACAACCCUGGUAAACACCAAUAGUAAGGGGCCCUCUAAUAAAAAGAGAGGUCGUUCAAAGAAGGCCCAUGUUUUGGCUGCAUCUGUUGAACAGGCAACUGAGAAUUUCUUGGAGAAGGGGGAUAAAAUUGCAAAAGAGAGCCAAUUUCUCAAGGAAGAGCUUGUGGCUGCUGUGGAAGAUGUUCGAAAACAAGGAGAUUUGAUGAAAAGUGCUGCCGGAGAGUUUGCAGAUGACCCAUGCUCUUCUGUGAAGCGAGGCAACAUGGUUCGUGCAGCUCGAGCUUUGCUCUCUGCUGUUACCCGGCUGCUGAUAUUGGCUGACAUGGCAGAUGUAUACAAAUUACUUGUUCAGCUGAAAGUUGUGGAAGAUGGUCUCUUGAAACUAAGGAAUGCUGGGAAUGAACAAGACUUAGGAGUACAGUAUAAAGCACUGAAACCUGAAGUGGAUAAACUAAACAUUAUGGCAGCUAAAAGACAGCAGGAAUUGAAAGAUGUGGGCCACCGUGAUCAGAUGGCUGCAGCUAGAGGAAUCCUGCAGAAAAAUGUCCCAAUCCUCUAUACUGCAUCCCAGGCAUGUCUUCAGCACCCUGAUGUUGCUGCCUAUAAAGCCAACCGUGACUUGAUAUACAAGCAGCUGCAACAGGCAGUCACAGGCAUUUCCAAUGCAGCCCAGGCUACCGCAUCAGAUGAUGCCUCCCAGCACCAGGGUGGUGGAGGAGAACUGGCAUAUGCUCUCAACAACUUUGAUAAACAAAUCAUUGUGGAUCCUUUGAGCUUCAGCGAGGAGCGCUUUAGGCCUUCACUGGAAGAACGCCUAGAAAGCAUCAUUAGUGGGGCUGCCCUGAUGGCUGACUCAUCCUGCACUCGGGAUGACCGGCGUGAGCGAAUCGUGGCAGAGUGCAAUGCUGUCCGCCAGGCUCUGCAGGACCUGCUCUCAGAAUACAUGGGCAAUGCUGGGCGUAAAGAAAGAAGUGAUGCACUGAAUUCUGCAAUAGAUAAAAUGACCAAGAAAACCAGGGAUUUGCGUAGGCAGCUUCGCAAAGCUGUCAUGGACCAUGUUUCAGAUUCUUUUCUGGAAACCAACGUUCCACUGUUAGUGUUGAUUGAAGCUGCAAAGAAUGGAAACGAGAAAGAAGUUAAGGAAUAUGCUCAAGUAUUUCGUGAACAUGCCAACAAAUUGAUUGAGGUUGCCAACUUGGCCUGUUCCAUCUCAAACAAUGAAGAAGGUGUCAAACUUGUCCGAAUGUCUGCAAGCCAGCUAGAAGCCCUCUGUCCUCAGGUUAUCAAUGCUGCAUUGGCUUUAGCAGCAAAACCACAGAGCAAACUGGCCCAAGAGAACAUGGAUCUUUUUAAAGAACAAUGGGAAAAACAAGUCCGAGUCCUUACGGAUGCUGUUGAUGACAUUACUUCCAUUGAUGACUUCCUGGCUGUCUCAGAGAAUCACAUUUUGGAAGAUGUGAACAAAUGUGUCAUCGCUCUCCAAGAGAAAGAUGUGGAUGGGUUAGACCGCACCGCUGGUGCCAUUCGAGGCCGGGCAGCUCGAGUCAUUCAUGUGGUGACCUCAGAGAUGGACAACUAUGAGCCAGGAGUGUACACAGAAAAGGUUCUGGAAGCCACGAAGCUGCUCUCCAAUACAGUCAUGCCACGUUUUACUGAGCAAGUGGAAGCCGCUGUAGAAGCCCUCAGCUCAGACCCUGCCCAGCCCAUGGAUGAGAAUGAGUUUAUCGACGCCUCUCGCCUGGUGUAUGACGGCAUCCGAGACAUCAGGAAAGCUGUGCUGAUGAUACGGACCCCUGAGGAAUUAGAUGACUCUGACUUUGAAACAGAAGACUUUGAUGUCAGAAGCAGGACAAGUGUCCAGACAGAAGAUGACCAACUGAUAGCUGGACAAAGUGCCCGGGCGAUCAUGGCUCAGCUUCCGCAGGAGCAAAAAGCAAAGAUUGCAGAACAGGUGGCCAGCUUCCAGGAAGAAAAGAGCAAGCUGGAUGCUGAAGUCUCCAAAUGGGAUGACAGUGGUAACGACAUCAUUGUGCUGGCCAAGCAGAUGUGCAUGAUUAUGAUGGAGAUGACCGACUUCACUCGAGGCAAAGGGCCACUCAAAAAUACAUCAGAUGUGAUUAGUGCUGCUAAGAAAAUCGCUGAAGCAGGAUCCAGGAUGGAUAAGCUUGGCCGAACCAUUGCAGAUCAUUGCCCAGACUCAGCGUGCAAACAGGACCUGCUGGCUUACCUGCAGCGCAUUGCCCUCUACUGCCACCAGCUCAACAUCUGCAGCAAGGUCAAGGCUGAGGUGCAGAACCUGGGUGGAGAGCUCGUCGUCUCUGGGGUGGACAGCGCCAUGUCCUUGAUCCAAGCAGCCAAGAACCUGAUGAACGCUGUGGUGCAGACAGUGAAGGCAUCCUAUGUCGCUUCCACCAAAUACCAGAAGUCUCAAGGCAUGGCCUCCCUUAAUCUUCCUGCCGUGUCGUGGAAGAUGAAGGCUCCUGAGAAGAAGCCCUUGGUGAAGAGAGAGAAGCAGGACGAGACCCAGACUAAGAUUAAGCGAGCAUCUCAAAAGAAACACGUAAACCCUGUGCAGGCCCUUAGUGAGUUCAAGGCCAUGGACAGCAUCUAAGCCUGCCCUCACCAAUGGGGCUCUGAAAAAUCACUCAAAUGUAUUUGCUAAAUAGAGAGCACUAAUGUUUGAUUCCACAGGGAAGUAGGCAGAGUUUGGACCCAACCAGGUUGGGGAAAUUUGCAAGGACAUAAUUUGUGUUUAAACUGGUCAAAAAAUACUUUUAGAAUUCAGAAGUAUAUUUCUAGCUAUAUUUUUGUAAGCUUAAAUGAAUAUAAAAAUUUCAUAACCAAAGAGAAUUGAUUUGUUAGUCAUACUCUUGACUAGGUUGGAGUGCCCUUUCUCUAAGCAGGGUGGCUCUCUUCACCCCCAGAAGCAGCAGCUGGGACACCCUAGGAAAUUGGAAAAAGAAGAUACUAGAAAGGGAUAAACCAUAUGAAACAAAACAAAAAUAUCAUGAAGAAAACUGACGAUUGUCUUUAUGAAAUGGGAAUUACAAUGCAUGUCUACAAUUACUAAUGUACUCUGCUGCAAAACAUUAUCAAGUUUUUUUCAGGCUAGAACACUGUUAACACUGUAAUCGGAACAUGCUUUUUUCUGCUUCAAAUGCAAAUUUGUCACGGGGCUCACUUCUAAUAAUCAGUAUUCCCUGCCUUGGGCUAGUAACAGAAGCCUGACAAAGUAGUGUUUGCUUAGGCAAUAAUUUAGACUUUACCUUAUUUGUGAUUACUAUAGCUACAAGGUAUAAUUUUACUGUCUUAUUUAAAUUUUAUGAAUCCUGAUUUUUUUACACUAAUUUUUCUCAAUAAAGCCCACUAUGAAACCAA